CUAAAACCAUUUAUAAAGGAACGAAAAUAAAAAAAUUUCUUUCUAAGAGCUACUGUCUGAAAAAUAGAAUUAAGAAUGACUGACGAAGAAGAUAAGAAAAAAAAGGAGCCAGUCGAUAACCGCCCGGAAUUCUUCUGGAACUACCUGACGAAAACAAUGCGCCUUAAACUUGAAAAGUGGACGAAAAUGAUAACAACCAACGAGUUCAAGGAUCUUAUUAUGGAGUUUUUGAGUAAUCCUUAUAAAAAGAGAAUAAUAUUUACAAUAAAUGCCGGUGGUCAGCUAUAUCCUUCCUUUAAUUUUCCUGUCAAGCCACGAACAAAAGUGGCCUAUUUCAUACGUAGUUUUACUCCACUAAACUUGACGGAGGAAAAUAUGCUUGAAUCCCUUAUGAUUGGGGACCUACUUCCAAACCCUUUGGCUAAUUUGUCUGUGCUCUGUGAUGAAGUUUUCUUUCCGCUUCUUAACAAUAAAGUCAAUCAAACCGGAUGGACUAGCGUGAUUGCGAACGAUAUGAAGACUGAGUCUCAGGAAAUGCGCAAUGGCAUUGCUCAAAUGAAAGGACUUGUUAUCAAUCGGACGAUUUUUCCUCUCCCAAUUUGUAUGGAUGAAGUUAUGCAAGUUGCGCCAGCCAUUGCCACAGGUGAUAUUUCUGUAGUUAACCCUUUAAUGAAGCACUCCCUUGAGUUCAUGGUGCUAUUAAAAGAUGAAGAGGAGUGUAUCGAGAUGAAGUCAUUUCAAUCGAAAAUGACAAUUCUCUCCAUGCACUCAGACAUUAACAAUGAAUAUGAAGACCACAUGGAGAGAAUAAUUGGAAAAAUGGAUGAGUUCGAAGAGAGGGAUAGUGGAUGGACAUUGGUCCACAUCGCUCGGCUUGAGAUGAACGUGAACCAAUAA